UGGCACUUGAGCUGCCUUUAGCGGUACUUACAGGCAAUGUUGGUAUCAAUUACAAAAACAAACUAUUUAUUAUGCAAAAUCAAUAAAUACACCAACAAAAAUGUAAUUUAAUCUAAAACUUCUAAACAAAGCAGCACAGUGAGCAGAAGUCCUGCUGAUCAUUUCGAGUCCACUCCAUUGUCUUUUAUAGUUGAGAUUUUCAAACACUGUAACAACAGGUUGUGUUCGUUUGAGGUCAAGCAUAUAACCAGAGGUGAAUACAAAUAGUUCAGUCAGUUCAGUGAAUGAUUUAUGUUCAAGGUAGUUGAUAUAGCUGGACAUAUUCUGACUUCCUAACAUGGAAAUCCAAAUUCUGAGCGAUUCAUUCUUUUCAUCUUGAAAAGUAGAAAUCUUCUGUGUAAAAAUGACAAAGUGUGUUUAAAUCACAUAAAUCAAUCUUAUUUUUUCUUAUUCUAACAACAAACAUAAAGUCCAAGUCGUGUUGUGCUUCUGUUUUAAAAUUUUUUCCAGGGGGUCUUUUGUGGGCUCUAGUCUCCCUUAAUUGAAAGUAGGUUGACAGGGAAGGGGGAAGGCAUGCGGUAAAUGUCGACAGGUCCAGGAAUCGAACCAGCGACGGCAGCGUCAAGGACUCAGGGCCUCCAAACGUGUGUUGCGCUAUCCCCUAUGCCACCACAGCACGCCCCGUUUUAAAAUAUUUUUGAGUAGGUACGAGGAAGAGUGUUUACCAAGGUGGUUACAGAAAGUUUAAGAGCCAGUUCCAUUCAGGUCCCCUUCUCAAAUUUUCCCUCAAUAGUCAGACACUGAACAAAAGUUUACAGCCACACCUACUGUAAUUUUCCAUUGAUAUGUGAUAGUUUGCUGAACACACAGUGCCCCCACCCUAUUUAAACACACACACGCACACACAAGUUCAGCAAGAAAGCCAAGCAUCCAGUAAUUCAUUAAGUGUUUGCUGUGGAUAAUGCCUUGAAAAAACCUGAGCUUUAAACGGCCACAUCAUCACGCAGACAACGAGAUAAGAGCGUACGCAGCUUAAAAGGAGCGCUGCACUCGCAGUAGGACGCUCCUUUCUGCACAGUGGCCCAGCUCGCCUCAAGCAGUCACCAUGACCUUCAACGGCACCUGGAAGGUUGAUCGCAAUGAAAACUAUGAGAAAUUUAUGGAACAAAUGGGAGUAAGCAUGGUGAAGAGGAAGCUGGCCUCUCAUGACAACCUGAAGAUCACCAUCGAACAGACUGGAGACAAGUUUCAUGUGAAGGAGAGCAGCAAUUUCCGGACCAUUGAAAUAAACUUCACCCUGGGAGUCAACUUUGAGUACAGCUUGGCAGAUGGAACAGAACUAUCCGGUGCCUGGAACAUGGAGGGUGACACACUAAAGGGGAUUUUCAACAGGAAGGACAACGGAAAACAGCUGACAACAGUCAGAACCAUCCAAGGAGAUGAACUUGUUCAGAGCUACAACUACGAAGGUGUGGAUGCAAAGAGGAUUUUCAAGAGGAAUUAGACCCAUCUUCUUUACUAAACAAAGUGAAUUAUGAAAUUAUGUACAGUAUUGUGUUGAACUGUCACAUACAUCAACAUUCAAAAGUGCCAGAUUUGUGAUGUAUUUGUAUACCUGCAUUAAUAAAAUUAGAAC